AUGAUGUCAUCAACACCAAACGAGUCAAAGGCUCUGUGUAACUACCUCGGAAUAGAGGAGGAGGUGGACUAUGGUAGCGAUACCAGUGUCCGCGGUUAUACAGGGACAAUGUCCGGCUCACUGAUGCCUGUGGCACAGCCUUCGAACACCCCAAAUCCGUUCGCUGAACGUGGAGAUGCGAGCGCGCCACCAGCGCAGCAUGAAGCAUCUGGGUCUGAUGAGACUAUCAUCACGAACCCGCUCGAUGAGAAACAACAAUUGCUUGUCCAAAGAAAAGAAAACGCUCAGCGUCAUGUCCAAAUGGUUUCAACCAUUGAACGCCAGCGUGACUAUGUGUUCACCCCACCCAGUGUGGAGGAACGUCUACGUCAAGCGGCCGGCCAAACAUUGGCAACGUGGGUCAUUGGCCAUGGUCCUAAGACUCCUGAGGAGGUGGUGAGCUGCCAGGCACUUCGUGAGAGGUACCUGGAGCCACACCUAACGACUCAAAGUUAA